AUGGCGAACAUGAGCGAAGAGUGCAAGCAGCUCGCCUCUCCCGGUGCUGUUAGCGUUACCUUCUCCAUACUGAUAUUCCUCGGCAUCCUGCUCUCAUAUCUGCCCCAGCACUACCGUAUCAUCUCACGGAAGACCUCGUUCGGUAUAUCUCCAUACUUUAUACUGCUGGGAACGACAUCGGGGACGUCAGGGUUUGCGAAUAUCCUCGUUCUCCCAAAGAGUGCUCGUGAUAUCGCCUGCUGCAGUGAUAUCAGCGGAUUUGCCUGUUUUGCUGGCCUCUUAGGCAUCCUCCAGGUCGGCGUCCAGACGCUAUGUUUUGCUAUAUGCCUCAUUCUUUUCGUUGUAUACUUUCCUCGCAACCCCCCAACUCCAGUAUCAGCAUCUGGAGACGUCGGCAAAUCACAUAGUUUCCGAACUGCUCUCGCAGUAGGCGCCAUAUGCCUCAUCCACGCGAUCGCCGUGAUCAUUCUAGCCUUGACAGUGGUCCUUGCCUACCCUUCCAGUCGUCAACUAUGGGCCAACAUCCUAGGCGUCAUGGCCACGAUCCUCUCUUCCAUCCAGUACUUCCCACAGAUAUACACCACCUGGCGUCUCCGUGGAGUUGGCAGCCUGAGCAUCCAGAUGAUGUGCAUCCAGACUCCCGGGGCCAUAGUCUGGGCUGCAAGCCUGGCUGAGAGACUGGGUAUGGAAGGAUGGAGCACCUGGGGUGUCUAUGUGGUGACCUCUAUGCUACAGGGGACUUUACUGGUAAUGGGUGUUUACUUCGAAUACGUGAACCCUCAGAAACCAGAGCUCGAGGCCGGAGCGAACAAGGCAACAGACCCCAACGGCCGUUCCUACGGUACCGUCAACGGCGCGGACAACCACGCCCAGGACGACGCCAUAUCCGAGGACACACCCCUUCUACAAGGCUGA